GAGUAAGAGAGAAAGUGUGUGUGAGAGAAAGAGUCUGAGAGAGGAAGUGGAAGAGAGAGAGAGACCUAGGAGGUGCAGCAGAAGUUGUAUGAUUGUAUCAGUGUGUCCCAAAGCAACAGUACUCUGAGGCUGAAGCAGAGCAGCAGGUUCUAUCAUCUGUCAGGCAACAGUCUGCAGGUUACGAUAUGGAUCUAGAGGAGUUUGACAACGUGACUCUGAGGUACAACGUCACCAACUGUCCAUCUAUCGAUGAAUUCCGUAACCAGGUGUACUCUACGGUGUACUCUAUCAUCACCGUGUUCGGCCUGGCCGGUAAUGGGUUCGCCUUGUUGGUUCUGGUUAAAACCUUCCGUCAGCGUUCUGCGUUCCACAUCUACAUGUUGAACCUGGCCGUGUCCGACCUACUGUGUGUCUCCACGCUGCCGCUACGGGUCCUCUACUACGUUAAUAAGGGUCAUUGGAACCUGGGAGACUUCCUGUGCAGACUUUCGUCCUAUGCCCUCUACGUGAACCUCUACUGCAGCGUGUUCUUCAUGACUGCCAUGUCCGUCACACGCUUCCUCGCCAUCGUGUUCCCCGUGCAGAACCUGCGCCUGGUCUCAGAGCGUCGUGCCCGUCUAGUGUGUGUCUGUAUCUGGGUGUUCAUCUGCACUGUCUCCUCCCCCUUCCUCAUGACUGGUCAACACCUCCACCCAGCCACCAAUAAGACCAAGUGCUUCGAGCCUCCAGAGCGCAGAACAGGGGGCGGGCUUAAUAAGCUCAUCAUGCUCAACUACUUAUCAUUGGCUGUGGGCUUCGUCCUUCCCUUCCUGGUCAUCCUGCUGUGCUACGUCGGGAUCAUUCGGGCCCUGCUGUCACGGCAACAUACUGCACAGCGCCAGAAGGGGGCGGGGUCUAAGGCUAUCCGAAUGAUCGUCAUUGUGAUGCUGGCAUUCCUGCUGUGCUUCAUGCCGUACCACAUCCAGCGCUCCGUCCACCUCAGCUUCCUGUCCCAGACUGCCACUUCCUGUUCGGAGCUGGUGUACAUGCAGAAGAGUGUGGUGGUGACACUCUGUCUGGCUGCCUCCAACUCCUGCUUCGACCCUCUGCUCUACUUCUUCUCUGGAGAGGGCUUCAGACGACGCCUGUCAAGCUUCAGGUCCACUAUCAGGACACAGAGACAACCGCAGAGACAGGGGGCACAGCCACCGCUGGGGAGGGCAACAAAGAGAGAGAGAGAACCGGUCCUACCCAGCACAGCAGAGACAAAGGGCACAGCCACCCCUGGGGAGGGGAACAAGCUAUAGGGGAGAGAGAAAGAGAGUUAAUCUGUCUAGUGUCUGUGUUCUUUUGCCCAUCUUAAUAUUUUCUUUUUUUUGGCCAGUCUGAGAUAUGGCUUUCUCUUUGCAACACUGCCUAGAAGGCCAG